AUUGACGGCUUCCCUGUGUAUGCAAAAAUCAAUAUGGCGGACGAAAGAAGAAAAAGAAGAAGAAGCCGUUCUAGGKCUCGUUCAAGAGAUUACAACAAAGAUAAGACAUCAAGAGACUCCUCUGCAUCUUCUUCUAAACAAAAGCAGACUUCAAAGCACUAUUCAAGAAGAUCAAGAAGCUCAUCAUCCAGUAGUGACUCAGAUCACAGGUCCAAGAAAAGAAAAAGUAGCUCAUCAUCAAGUUCAGAGGACCGAACAUCCUCCAAAAAGAAAAAGAAGUCAAGAAGAAAAAGAAAUAGGUCUUCAAGCACAUCGUCAUCAGAGUCAUUAUAUUCAAGUUCAGAAAGCAGUGAGAGCGAUUCUGAAUCAAGAAAAAAGAAAAGAAAGAAAUCAAAGCACAAGAAACCAAACAAGAUAAAAAAGAAAAAGAAAAAASGAACCAAAAAGAAACYUAAGAAAACGAGAAGCGUAGUCAAUCAAAAUAAAUAUGGAAAAUAUGGUAUCCUGACAGAGGCAGAUCAAUUUACAAAGCAACCUGAAUUUUAUUGYUGGCUUCAAGAGAUYAAACAAGUCAAUCCUGAGACYGUUUCCAGGAURGAAACCAAGAAGAUGUUUGAAGGCUUCAUGGAAGAUUACAACACAGCCACAUUUCCACAUAAAAAAUUUUAUGAUCUUGCAAAAUGGGAAAUGAAGAAAGAYGCAAAAAGAAAGAUGAAAGCAUGGAAGAAUGCACAGAAGAAUCCCAUCUCAUUUGCUGAUGAUGARAGCAAUCACAUUAGAAACUUCAAAGGAGAAGAGAAAAAAUAUGGAAUGAGCAAAGAAARAAUCCUGGAAAUGAAGCAAGCCAUGAAAGACAGAUCAGACAAGGAAUAUAAGAAAAAUGUAGGCUAUUAACCUACAUCGAAUCUUGAUUUGUAAUAUAGGUAAUCAGUCAACUAACAGAUAAAUAUUGUAAUCUGGGAACAGAGCUACUUUUCUCACCCGCCAAGAAGGCGUGUAUAAAUUUAUAUAGAUACAAUGUGAUAAACAAACUUUACUUGUUUUUCUUGAUUAGCAACUAUUUGGUAUACCUCUUUUAUUUUUUUUUUUUAUUAACUGCAACUUCUUUAGACUGAGCUCAGUCAGUAUUACAGAGUGUAAUUUAUAAUCAACUCAAUAUUUAUACUUGGCUACAAAACAUACAUGUAAAUGCUUUUCUGAUCUUGUUUAUAGUACAUUUUUAUGAUCUGGAAACCAAUAUUACAUUUUAUUCGCAUACCCUUAAGCAUUUUCAUUCAAUAAAUUAAAUAACAACAUU